AUGCCUAUAGGGUUCUGGUACAGGCUUUGGAUUUACGAGGAAGCGUUGCGAAUCUUGUGAUGUUGUGGGCCUUGCUUUAAAGUUAAGAUUUUAACGAGGAUUAAGUAGUUUUGGGUGUGAAAAUGACCGUGUCCAAUCAAAUGUCUAUGCGAAUUAAUACUUUAGAGCUCAAAUCCUUGAUUGUUAAAAAGAUUGGGCGGCAAAGAGCAGAUAAAUACUUUUAUCAGCUCACAGGAUUGCUUAAUUUAAAGAUUACCAAGUGUGAAUUUGAUAAGUUUUUUGUUGGGAUUAUUGGCAGAGAGAAUAUCCCUCUUCAUAACCGCUUUAUUCAAUCCAUUCUCAAGAAUGCUAGCUGUUCAAAAGUUCCACCAUCCAAAAGAGCUCAAAGAGCAGGAAGUAACCUCACUGUUACAAAUGGAUAUCAGAAAAAUAGUCUUCAAUCACUCCAUGGGGAUGCCUUUCCUUCUUCCCCACGCAAGGGAAGGUCCCCUGUUAAUCGAGAUUGCAAGUUUAGGGACCGCCGAAGUCCUCUGGGCCCUCUUGGAAAGCCUCAAAGUGUAGAAUGUGAGGAACUGAAUGCAAGGGGACAAGAACAGCAGAGUGCAACAGAGUUGCUUUCACUUGGUAGUAGACCUCCAGUGGAAGUUGCUUCUGUGGAAGAGGGAGAAGAGGUUGAUCAGAUGGCUGGAAGCCCCAGUGUUCAGAGUAGAAGCCCGGUCACUGCUCCUCUUGGUAUUUCCAUGAAUUUUGGAUCUCGGAAAGCUCUUUCAAAUGCUUCUUUAUGCAAUAAUCACCUUAAAAAGACUUGUCUGAACAGUGGUGAACUACCUGAUACUAGAUCAUUAAGAAGUCGGUUGGAGCAAAAGUUGGAGAUGGAGGGCAUUAGUGCGUCUUUGGACUGUGUUAACCUGUUGAACAACGGGUUAGAUGCGUAUUUAAAGAGGUUGAUUGAGCCUUGUAUGGCUUUAGCUGGUUCGAGGCAUGGAAAGGAGUACUUGAAAAAGGCAAGUGGUCAGUUCAUUCCUGGUUUGAAUGAGAUGUUACCGGGGAAAUACAUGCAAAGAGAGACAAAAUCAGUUUAUGCAUCCAUGUUGGAUUUUCGUGUCUCAAUGGAGUCAAAUCCCCAGAUACUCGGAGAGGAUUGGCCCACACAACUCGAGAAAAUCUCCUUGCAUGGGUUUGAAGGGUGAUAAAUACUGUCUUCACAAUAGCUUUAAUUGGUUGAUGAAAUCGGAAGUUAGUUCCUAGUCACAUAUACAUCGAUAAUUGGUUUGCUUUACAUCGUAUAUGCCACUGGAAUGCUUUUUGGGUUUCCAGCAUUAAUAAAGUCGUGAAUAAAGAAGCCAGUGCUUCAUCGUGUUAUCUUGGUGCACAUAGCCUUGACUGCAUCUCGUGCUGUUGCUCCUUUAAGUUAUGCACCUCUGGCUUCUUUGCAAACGUUCUUAGUUAGUGGUGCAGUUUUUCUUCUGGGGAUCCUCCCUUAUACUGACUUUAGUUCGUGCCAAGGACAGGAAAUGGACCAAAUUCGAUACAGAAGUACCAGCGGUGCCUUCGUAUACUGGUCUACAGGGACAACUGGGUUGUGCCAGAACCACGACUAAGAAGCUGCCAAUGAGGCUUUAGUCAGGGUUCUUUUCAUUUCCUCAUACAAAAACAGAUAAUGAAGACUGAAGUUCAAGUGGAAGGAGUUUUUGAAGUCAUAGUGAGAAGUUCUUGUGUACAUUAGUUCUGUAAAUCAUUUUAAAAUUUUGCGUCAACGGGGUUGCCAAUUCAAAAAUGUAUAGAUUAUCUGUCUGCCUUGUAAAACUGUUAUUCUGAUAGUGUGAUGUUCUUGAAGUUA